GUUCAGCCCAGUUCCCUCGCGUGGCCCGAAGUUCUACCGUAUCGCAUGCUCCCGAGCCCGAAGGCGCGUGCAGGACGACUACACGUAAAGAGAGGAGGGCAAAGUGACAACAUGUCCUAUGGGGCUAUGCAUUGUAUAAACGUAGUGACUGCCCACACUAUCCGUUCCAUAGUUCAAUUUACUGGAUCUGUUACCAAACCGAACCAUUCUCAUUACAUUGGACAUCCCCUUACAUCACGUGAUGAUGUCUUCCGACCAGCUGCCAAAUUCCGACCUUUCUUGGUCAUGUUUGCCUGACAACAUUUACAUGAGUACAGUAGACUUCGAUCAAGAACUCAAAUGGUACCAAGAGAAUUAUGCACAACAAGACUCCGCGCAGAUGGAGCACGUUGAUAAUUGGCAUGGGGAUAUCGACACAUCUUUGGGUAACUUGACGUGUUUCAUCUCUUAUAUCUCUUCAAAGUGUCUUGGGUGUGCCUAUGUCGUACUGACAGAUCUUCCGACAGGUGAUCUAGUAUCGAGUCAGAACUUCAUACAGUCUUCAGCAUCCAACGAUCUUAUGCCUCCAACCUUGGAUCUUUGCUAUACGGCAGGUGAAAAUGCAACGUUAUCAUUUUUACCAAGCGACCACAACACGACAAGUACAAGACAGUCGGACGUCUUGUCUGAGUCUAUGAGGUCCACACAGAGUCCCAUGGCACCAACAGAGAUAUGUAGCCUCAAAGUCGAGACGCAUGCUGCCCUGCAACCAAUUUAUAACGAAAAUGCUGCCCAGAGCGUCCAGCAAGUCCUCGAAACACCUGACAACACUUCCGCCACUGCGUCAUCGGCUUUCAACGUCCCAACUCUUUCAUUCGAAAACAACAACGUCAAAACAUCGAGGUCGGAUACAGCCAGGAAUGGGGCCUCAACCCCCAUAGAGGUUACUGACGCUCCGAUUGGCCAUGUGUCGAGGAAUGGAACGUUCAGAUGUCGCCCACAAGAGUGCGCUGGCACGAUCUUACAAACGGGUGUCUCAUCCCAGCUUUUGAGACCUACUCAGAGUCUUAACCCAACAGGACAAACACGGUACGUAACUGUGAAAGAUACGAUAAGCUAGUCUGACGCGAUUGUAGUAGCACCUUGAUCGAAACGUCUGUCGGUCUCAACC